UCAUGAGAUCGAUGACGAUGUUGCUCAAGAUGAUCAUGACAUACAUGAGAUCAGUGACGAUGUUGCUCAAGAUGAUCAUGACAUACAUGAGAUCAGUGAUGAUGAUUCUGGUGAAGGUGAAGUUGCUGAUGAUGCUGGUCAAGGGGAUCCAUAUUUUCAAGGGACGUGUGUUUUCGGAAACAAGUUCAGCAUGAACAAUACCCGAAUCAAGAACCUUAAAGUUGUUGUUGAUUACUACCCCAAUGCGCCAAUCCCACAAUAUGUCUACUGCUUGACACAGUCCUCUCUGAACAAGAUGGAAUUUUCUGAGGAUUUCACAGAGACAUACCUGCUACAGUUCUUGCACAAGUCAGUCCUAGUAGUAGUUAACUGCACAACAAGUCUGCAAACUAUGUAUGCAGAGAUGAAACUUGAAGAGAAGAAAGCAGUGAUGAAGGCAAACUGGAGCGACACUGUCGAAGCCCACGAACUGCAAGUGAACGAUGUCUGCGCCUUCAGUUUCAGGGAUGAGAGCAAAUCACGUCAUAGGGACCCCAGUGCGUUUCUUAGGCUGGUGAUAACCAAGCUUAAGAACUGAUCCUUAGCAAGCUGAAGCACCUUAGGAACUGAUCCUUAGCAAGCUGAAGUCCUUAGUUAUGUGGUAUUAUGUGAACUUGAUUAUGUAUUAAGUACAACCUGGUUAACCUGCAACCACUACUUUUAGUGAGAUGUAUGCUGAACUACUUAUGUAAUGUAGUACCUACUGGUGAUAAGUAUGCUGAAUUA